AUGGAAGGACAACCACCGCCGCAGGUUGUCCAAGGACAGCCUGGCCCUGCUGGAAUUGGGCCAGACGGUCAAUUGAACUUGCCUAAUAAGGAGAUGUAUAUAACACGAAUUGAGAACACAAUGGCCGGAUUAGAAGAGAGUGGGCAUAGUCAGGAUCCGAGAUACGCCCAACUUGACGCCUUGAAACAGUCAAUCAAAAGUGGUAUGUAUCCAUGAUUGUAUUCUGUUGGUUCAGGAUGUUUUCAUAUUUAGAUUUUACUAUUGUUGAAUUUUAGGAAAGGUUCAACCUCCGCAGCCGGCCGCCUCAGAAGAAAAAGACAAAGACGGAAAAAAGCUGACGGAGUCUCAGAUUCAACGUCUUCGUGCUCAGAUUGCGACUUACAAACAUCUGGCGAGAAACGAGCCGGUUCCAUCUGGAGUAAUGUCCCAGGCACUUGGUACUCCACUCUUCGCUCCAUUCGAACAUCCCAAAGAAUUGGAAAACGGAGAGAAGCUUCCAUACGAUCUCAUGAGAGUUCUGGGACUGCAUUUACAACGGAGUCAAACUCGGACCACUCAGAUUACGCAACCCAUCGGCAUUGAUCCUGUGGCAAUUGCUAAGGAAAGAGAAAACAGGUGAGUGGACUUGAUUUUAUUUUAUACGAGUUUAUAUUUAGAGUGACUGAAAGGAUGUAAACUGUCUUUUUAUGUUCCAGAAUUCACAAUCGGAUACUCCUUCGAAUGCAGGAGCUAGAAGAACUUCCAGUAAAUAUCUCCGAAAGGCUUAAAAUUAAAGCCGAGAUUGAACUUCGUGCUCUGAGACUGUUGAAUCUUCAAGCUCACGUCAGAAAUGAAGUGUUGGGAUACCUGAAGAGAGACACAACUUUGGAGACGGCUCUGAAUCCAUUUGCUUAUAGAAGAACAAAGAAGUUGAACUUGAGGGAAGCCAGAGUCAUGGAGAGAUUGGAAAAGCAACAGAAGUUGGAACAGGAGAAAAAGCGAAGGCAAAAACAUCAUGAUCUUCUUCAGGUAAGUUGGCUGGCUAUUUCUUAUACCAUUUAUUUUAGUCUAUUGUCACGGCCAGCAAGGACUUUAAAGAGUUCCACAGAAAUUGCCAGCUCAGAAACCAAAAGGUCAAGAAGGCUGUCGUCACUUAUCAUGCAAACUCUGAACGGGAGAAGAAGAAGGAAGAUAUACGAAUUGAGAGGGAUCGUAUGCAAAAACUUAUGCAAGAAGACGACGCCGGAUACAGAGCUUUGCUGGAUGAAAAGAAAGAUAAGCGUCUGGUGUACCUUCUCCAACAGACUGAUGAGUUCGUGGAAAGUCUUACCGGCUUGGUGAAGAAGCAUCAACAGUCCGAAAAGAAGAAGAAACGAGACGAGAAAAAGGCCGCGCAAAAGGCGUUGGAUCAACAGAAUGCGGAGAGCGACAGUGUUCGAGUGUUGGUGCAGAACUCGGCCACCGGAGAGAUCCUCACUGGAGACAAAGCCCCCAGGGCAGACGAGGUGGAACAAUGGAUCGAAGCGCAUCCCGGAUUCGAAGUCAUCUCCAGGGAUAUUGGGUCUGAUGAUGAAGACGUGCAACCUCAAGAACCCGAAAAGAAACAGCCAGAGAAGGAGGAGGAACAAGACGAUGAGUUUGAAGGUCUGGAUGAAGAGACCAGAAACAAAAAGAUUAUUGAAAAGGCCAGAAACGAAGAGGAUGAAUACAACAAUCAAUUGAACAAACAACAGAUGGAGAGUUACUAUGCAACUGCUCAUCGGAUCCGCGAAAGAAUCGUCAAACAACACUCCAUGCUGGGUGGCGGAGAUCCAUCUCUUCAAUUGAAACCUUAUCAGAUCAAGGGUCUCGAAUGGAUGGUGUCUUUGUACAAUAAUAACCUCAAUGGUAUCUUGGCUGAUGAGAUGGGUCUCGGAAAGACUAUUCAGACUGUCGCUUUGGUCACCUACCUAAUGGAGGUGAAGAAAGUUAAUGGCCCAUACUUGAUUAUCGUCCCAUUAUCGACCAUUUCCAAUUGGAAUCUCGAGUUGGAGAAGUGGGCUCCUCAUGUGGUAAAAGUCGUGUAUAAAGGAGAUCGGGAACAGAGAAAGAGAAUGGAAAGCAAAGUCAAGAGAGGAGAGUUCAAUGUUCUGUUGACUACAUACGACUAUGUAUUGAAGGAGAGGGUGAGGAUUAUUUUUUUUUUCAUCAUUAAUACACAUGAGAUUUGUUUAAAUCUUGAUCUUUUAGAGUAUGCUUGGCAAAAUCCGCUGGAAGUACAUGAUCAUCGACGAAGGUCAUCGUAUGAAGAACCACAAUUGCAAGCUCACGCUGACGUUGAAUGCCUAUUUCUCAGCUCAACACCGUCUUCUGUUGACUGGAACUCCCCUUCAGAACAAACUUCCCGAAUUGUGGGCUCUUCUCAACUUCUUGUUGCCUUCGAUCUUCUCGUCUUGUGGAACAUUCGACUCUUGGUUCAACGCGCCAUUUGCGACAACCGGUGAGAAGGUGGAACUAAGUCAAGAAGAGACCAUGUUGAUCAUCAGACGUCUUCAUAAAGUAUUGAGACCGUUCUUGUUGCGAAGACUGAAGAAGGAAGUGGAGAGUGAAUUGCCGGACAAGACUGAGCAUGUAAUCAAAUGUGACAUGAGUGCGUUGCAGAGAAUCGUAUACAAACAUCUUCAGAAGGGUCUUCUCAUCGACUCCAGUCAUGUAGGUUGAGGUUGACUUAAUUUAUGAUCUAUGAUUUCCUUCUUCAGCAGUUUUUCUGGUGGAAUCUUAGGAGAUUUUAAUGAUGACAUUGGGUUCAUAUUGUUCUUCAUGUCUAUGAUGAGAAUAUGUUGUUUUUUUUUUCAGGAGAAUGGCCGAUCCCUUCAAAACACCAUGGCCCAGCUGAGGAAGCUGGCCAAUCAUCCAUUCCUCUUCCCUGCCAUCGAAGAAGACUGUAUCAAGCAUUGGAAGAUCAACCAUGUAACUGGAAAGCAUCUGAUCCGAGUCUCGGGGAAGUUCGAACUCCUCGACCGGAUCCUUCCCAAGCUGAAAGCGACUGGCCACAGAGUCCUCAUCUUCUCUCAAAUGACCAAGCUCAUGGAUAUUAUGGAGGAUUACUUCCUUUACAAGGAAUACAAAUACAUGAGGUUGGAUGGAUCAACGAAACACGAAGACAGAGGAGAAAUGUUGAAGAAAUUCAAUGCUCCAGAUUCCGAGUACUUCAUCUUUGUUCUCUCAACCAGAGCCGGAGGAUUGGGACUGAAUCUCCAAACCGCGGAUACUGUAAUCAUCUUUGAUUCGGAUUGGAAUCCCCAUCAAGACAUGCAGGCCCAGGACAGAGCUCAUCGGAUUGGACAAACGAGAGAGGUCAGGGUGCUCAGGAUGAUCACUGUCAACUCGAUCGAAGAGAAGAUCUUGGCCGCAGCCAGGUUCAAGUUGAACGUCGAUGAAAAAGUUAUUCAAGCUGGUAAGUGAAGUUGGAUGAGCGAAUCAGAAAUUGUGUGGUGUUUUUAAAGGCUAGGGUUGUUGGAAAAAAUAUGCAAAAGAUUGAGUAUGAGUUUUCAGGUAUGUUCGAUCAACGUUCCACUGGCGCCCAACGUCGAGAAAUGUUGGAACAGAUUAUUAAAGCGGAUGAGGAAGAUGAAGACGACGAUGAGGUCCCUGAAGACGAAACGAUCAAUCAGAUGGUCGCCAGAAGUACCGAGGAAUUAGAUAUUUUCCAGGUGAGCUUUUUUUUAUCAGUCACACUUGUUUCUUUUCUAUAUAUGGAGUUUAAUUUUGUUUAACAAAAUAUGUGCUCUGUACAAUUUUUUGUAUUGCAGAGAAUGGACAUUGAACGACGCCGACAAGAGGCCUCAGAAGACGUUAGAAUGCCGAGACUCCUUGAAGAAAACGAGGUCCCUCCAUCGAUCAUUGAACAGCAUAAGAGAAUCCUCGAGAACGAAGAAAGAGGACCCGUAAAGAAGGAUGAACUCCUGGAACCAAGCAGAAGAAGAAAACGAGAAGUUAACUAUGCCCAGGACUUGAUGAGUGAUCGAGCUUGGCUCAGACAGAUUGGAGAGGAAUUCGAUGAUGAUGGCGGCGAAGAGGAGGAAGAAGAACUUCCAAGGAAGAGAAGAAAGAAGGAGAAACCAGAGUCCGCGAAGAGAGGAAGGAAACCCCGAAGUGAUAAGGCCGGCACCAGUAAGGAGGAGGAAGAUGAUGACUGA